ACCACAACUCUCAAAUAAGCGCAGCAAAAAAGUUAACCACAUUUUCGAGUCACCAACGACUACACCAACAGCAACAACAGCAAUUGCAACAUGAUCAAUAUCGCCAAUAAUGCGCCACAACAACAACGAAAAGAAGAUCAAUUUAUACCCAACACACAUUCAUGGCAUUCAAGUACAGCUCAUAAAAUGAAACCGCACACAAAACCCGCACCACCAGUACUGACAUCGUUCAGCGCUUGUGUAUGAGCGCUGCUUGUAUAGCCGUCGACUGCGGCUCAGACACGCUUCAACUUUGCUGUUGAUUGACUCUUGUGUCGUUGUUGUUGCUGUUGUAGCUGCUGAUAUGUCUCAACGUCAACGUCAACGCCCCAACUGCCUCGUCUCGCAUUGUAGACCAGCGUCGUAGUAGUCGUCGCUUGGACGCUACGCUCACGGACCGUCUCAGCUCAUUGCGCGUCCACACAUCGCGGCGUGCAGUUCGCCAUUUCGCGGUUCAACUGCCUUUCUUUCUACUACCUACUUCUUAUUCCACUCCAGUUCGGUUGCGUUGCGUUCACAAGUCGGUUCAGUUCCAAUCCGUUCAGUUCAGUUUGUAUAUUUGCCAGCUGAUGAAGUUUGUCGGCGUAGCGCGUAAGACCGCGUAAUUCAAGUGUCAACAACGUUUAAAAAAUUUACCACGAUUUUGUGUCGAGUGCUUUUUGUACGAAACCAAAGGUGUUUUAAUGCGCGAAAUUGUUUAAAAUUGGCUUAUUUAACGCUGUGUGCGUUUCGAGAUUGUGUAGAAAUUGCAAAUUGCAGAUUUGCAUGUUGUGCAUACCAAUAAAGGCAGUGAUGAGUGGCGGCACAAUUAGGAGAUGAUUAUAAAGUAAUAAAAUCAAUUGAAACGGAAUACAAAAUAAAAAGAAAUAAAAACAUUAAAAUAUCAAUUGAAAUUGCGUGAUUAAAUCAGCAACGUGCUAAUAUGCUUGCAAAUUAUAAUAAAAACAACAGCAACAACAAAUGAAAAUUAUCAUAAUAAGUCAAUAAGUCACGCAACGACCACACAAAACAAACAACAAAAACAAUUUAGUGUGAUAUUUUUUAAGUGAUAUUGCGUGCAACAACAAGUGUUUAAAAUAGCAAAAACAAGAACAACUUAAGUUUACAUUUUUAAUUGCAAGAAAACUCCAAAGCGAUUCCCCACACAAGUGUGAAAAUGGCGACGACAAUGCAACAGACUGCCGCGCCAACGAACGCGGCCACAAAUCCCCAACUGAAACGCAUUGUAUACUCCAAAUAUCGCGAACUUUUGGGUUCAUACAAUGGCAAGGCGAAUGCAAUUAUCGAAACGCUGCCCGCUUAUAUGGUGCGCGAGGAUCGCGGCUUUCAUUGUGAGCCCAAUAGCGCUGUCACAGCAACGGCCACGGCAACGACAGCGGCGCCGGUAACAGCAGCAUCGUUGGUGACGGGGAAAACCAUAAUAACUAUACCAGCAAGAGUGACAACAACAACCACAGUUUCACCGCCAAGUCAGCAACCAACAGCAACAGUAGUUGGUGCAACAACACCGGCAACACACACAAAUGGCACAGCGCCACCGAAUUGCGCUGCAGCAGCGCUGCUACGACAGGUUGCUGCUGCGGCGGCGGCUGCGGCAGCUGCACAGGGUGAACGUAUGAAUGAAUUGUAUGGCGGCUCCGCACAACGGGGCUACGAAGCGCCCGCUUGCGUUCAGAAUGCAAUGGUGACAAAAGACAAGAAACCCUUCACCUACACACCGGGCGGCAUUGAUCUCUCACAAAUCAAAUCGGAGCGCAUGGCAAAGCGAUUGGCGCGCAACGCACAGGCCGAGGGCGCCACCGGUGCAUCACAACAGAACAGACCGACACAGCCGCAAUCGCCGGGCGGCAGUGCUGCCUCUCAAAUCGGUGCCGCCGGCAUGGGUAUGCCGUUUCAGGUGUUGCCACCGCCGCCGCCACCACCAGCAGCGCCACUCGGAGUAGCGGGUAAGAAAUUGAAUGGCACAUCGGCACCGCCACCACCACCACCACCUAGCUCCUCCAAUACAUUAGCACCACCACAGAAUGGCGGUGGACCGGGUAGUGCGCCCGGUUCGCCCAACGCGCAACGCAAGUCGCCCACACCGCAACGUUUCGAACCGCCACCAUUGGGUUUCCGACCCGAGAUCAAAAUACCGUCAAAUCCAAUGGCGGCAUUGCGCAAAGUACCACCGCCGGUGGAGAAGAAUACCUUCUGGAAGGAUGAGUAUGUGCGCGAUCGUUCCAAAUCGCCCAUGGUGGGUGAAAAUGAUCGGGCUAGUUCACCGAAUACCGGUGCUAAUGGCAAUGCCGUCGGCGUCGGUUACGGUGAGCCAGCACCAGUCAGUCUUAACAACAACAAUGUGAACAACAACAACAACGAUGCCAACGAACAUGUCGAUGGUUACAAGAAACCAACAACGACUACCCAGCAACCUGAACUAAACUAUAAUAGCAACAACUCCACUCAACAACAACAACAACAAUACACACCACCUCAGCCUACAUACUCACCAUCCUAUCAGCCGUUGCAGCAGCAGCAACAGCCACAAUAUAACAACAACACACCCCCCUUGUCGGCUUCAUCGCCAUCACAACAGCAGCAACAACAAUCGCCACGCCCCGAGUUCCGUAGCGUUGCACCACCACAAUCGCCAAGUGUUAAUGUCUACACGCGUCAAACGGAUAGUCCACGCGCUGAAACUGGCACACCGCCACAACGCGCCACCGAUAGUCCCUUCAGAUAUGGUGGUGUACAACAACAACAACCACAGCAGCAGCUACAGCAACAACAACGCGCUCCACCAGCUAUAUCACCGCUAGCACAGCAACAGCAACCAACAAAGCUGUAUACUUCAACACCAAGCGGCGCAGCAGCCGCUACAGUACCGGCAACAUCAGCCAACAACUCUCCCAACUCACAGCCAACGGCACAAACUGUGCCAUGGCGCACUCAACGUACACCGACGCAACAGCAGCAACCACAAUCGACUGCGAUAUAUAACAAUGUGUCGCCACAACAACAGCAGGCUCAACCAGCUUCAGCCUAUCAGGGUCCCAAGCCGACCAAUGUCGGCUCACUCUACAUCGCACCAUUGGCUCCAACCACUGAGCCACAGGCGCCCAAUGUUGUGCGUCAAUUUCAGCAACAACAGCAACAGCAAGCACGCGAAUCACCAAUUCGUCAAAUACCGCAACAGCAACAAACACCACAGCAGCAACAACAACAGCAAGCGCAACCUUUACGCUCCACUGUGCCUUGGUUGAGCACCAAACCGAAAGCAAACGAUCAGCCAGAAUGGGCGCGUCCCGAGGAGAAUGGCAAUGUGGUGCCAUCGUCGUUGAAUCGCAUGAAGUCACCGCCGCCACCACAGUUACAACAACAACAACAGCAGCAGCAGCCAUCGUACUAUCAACAGCAGCCACAACAACAAACUCAGCUCUACGGCUAUCAGCCCGAGCAAGGUAACGGCUUUGCUGCAGCCGCACCAACGAAUUUCGGCAGCCACGGCAUUGGCAGCACUGGCGGCCUACGCUUGCAAAUCAAUGCCAACGCUAAUGCUAAUCCUAACAAUGCGGCAGCUCAACAAACUGGUCCAAGGGAACGCAUUAUUCCCAUCCAAUUGGAGCAGACACCGACGAAUACAUCGCAGCAGCAGCCGAAUUUCAAUGUCAGCUAUGGAGGCGUCACUGCUGCACCGAAUGCCUAUGUGGUACGUUCACCAAAUCAAUUCGUUGAUCAAGGUUACAACAAUUUUCCACAAUCGGCUGGCGCUCAGCAGCCAGCAGGUCAGCGCGUGAUGUCACCGACACAGCAAUUGAAUGCACCACGCAUUGUGCAACAACAACAGCAAUUUACGAAUAAUAAUAAUGGCGCUGGCGGCAAUGCUAAUCGCUCACGCAUCAUACCCAUCGCUAUGGAGAGUGAGGGCACACGUGGCCCCAUUUCACCAUCACCAAUCGUUUUGCAAAAUGACAACUACAAUCUGGUAGUUUACGAUUGUCCACUUGAGGCGGAAAUACGGUACAGAAUGAAUCGUCUCAGCGAUCCACGCUCGUCACCCAUACAAUCGAAAUCCUUUAGAAUUUUGCAAAAAAUCACUGACACUAUUGACGACGGUAGCGGUGAUGAUAGGAAAGCGGAAAGCACUAUCGAAGUAGAGCCACAAUUACAACGACCCCAAUACGCGAGACAAAUGAGCGCCCAACAGGCGCGUCAACAACCGAAUGUGGAGCAAAUGAGACGCAUGCAAAUCGCAGCCGAACCACUGCAGCAGCAACAGCAACAGUCACAAUCGCCACAGGCAUGGAAUCAAGGUAAUACUUUAAAAAGCUCACAGCAGCACACCAUUUACAACAAUUUCAAUGACAUGCCACAACCAUACGUCCACCCCAGUGAACAACAAGUACCCGAACCGAAAAAAUAUACCGGUAGCGCAAUACCAAGUCGAUCGUUUAAAAUUUUACAAGCGAUGACAACACCGGAAAAUGCUGCCGAGUUGGCAGCCACAGAUUGUGUUGAAUUGAACGAAAACCAUUUGAAAGCCAAUGAAAAUCAAAGCAAAAAUAUUUUUAAUACAGAUUUUAAUGAAAAUGUGAAUGAAUAUAAUAAUGAAGGCACAUACGAAAUUCCAAAUACACACGGCACAACACAUGCACCAUCCACUACCUCAUCCUCAUCCUCCAUAUCAUCACUAAGCUCUGAUUCUUGCACAUAUCCCAUACCCAAACAUCCCUACCCCGCCUAUGGCUAUGCAUACCCUUACCCCUGGUAUCCACCGCCAAUGCCACCGACUAACGGUGAAGCAUACCCGGCGUGGCCAUACACAUACAACAUGCCACCACCACCGCCACCACAAACACCAACUAACGAACAUAGCGGCGGCAAUGCCGCACCUCAUGCUGCAUAUCCUCCACACUAUCCCUACUAUUAUCCCUUUUAUCCACCACCACCACCACCACACCAUGCACAUAACACUGCUACUUAUAUGCAACCGCCACACGCACAAAACACCACCAAUGAAUUCGAUUCGCAAAAUGCUUAUCACGAUCUUAACGCUGGCGCCGCAUAUCCCGCUUAUGUGCCGCCAUAUCCAUACCCCUAUCCGGUAGCGCCUAGCUACAGUCAGAGCACGACAUCGAGUCGCGCCAGCAGCGUACUGCCCGACAUCAUUGUUACGCCCAGCACCGAUGAUAUGCCCUCACAGGUUAUACUGCAACACCACAUAAAGGUGGAGAAACCCGAACCACCGAAACGUAAUGAUGCCGUCGUCAUCGAAGAGGUCGCCAACAGUGAUAAUGAAAUGCGGCCGCAAGCGAUGAGCAGAGAACAACGUGAGGGUUCCGUGCUUGAUAUCUUGACGCAGCGUUUGGCGAAUAUGUCGAAAGUUGUCGAACACAAUCUGAAUAUGAGCAAAGACGUUGAGAAGAACUAUGCCGGCGAGCGUGAUAAGGAGUUCGGCGAGAAAUCACCCACAGAUAACGCAUCGCCGGUGCCUGUGGGAAUUGUCACUUUAGCUUCGGAGACCGAAGUGAGUUCGGACUCAGAUAGCAGUAGUGAGGAGGAUUCUGAUGUGACGCCCAAAUGUGUCGAAACUACUGGUUUGCAAGCGAUCAAAUCUGUUACAAAUAUACAAAUCUACAAGCAUAAGAAUAUAAAUAUAAACGAGUUGGAUGAUGAAGACGAUGUGACAACGGCGGAUGGCGAAAGCGAUAUCUUCGAUGAGGAAGACAUUGAGGAAGAUGUCGUUAAGGAACUUGAGUUGGAUGAAUAUAUUGAAGAAAAUGAUGAUAUGGACUGUGAUAACCUGAGUGUCAUUUACGAAGAGGAGAGCGAAAUGGAACAUAGCAGCGAUAAGCCGAAUACAAUUAUACAACGCGAAGGCUCUAAUGCCAGUGAUGCUACAACCGUUGACCGAGAUGAUGCUGUUGAGCAGCAAAUUGAGGAGAAUGACGAUAAUGAGGACGCUGAGGAAGACUCUACCUCGGUCACCGUACGUUUACCAUUGAAGUUCUCGUUUAACGAUGAGCAUGUAGCCACUGUAGAAAUUGGCAAAUCACAAAUCGAAGAAAGACGUCAUAGCACGUCUUCGGAAGGUAAGCGCAGCACUGGGUUUGUCGUUGCGGAACCACAACAUGAUUCCGACAAUGAAGCGGUAGCGACUUAUGAGUACGAUGACGAUUGUGAAGUAAGUGUUACGAUAAGCUUGAGUGGAUCUUCACGUUCCAGUUCAAUAGAACGUAAGCCCGACGGACGUCGCGUCUCAGCAGCAUAUCCAAUUGAAGAGCUACCAACGCCAGAACCACCAAGCGCAACAACGAGCAACGAAGACGUUUCAGUGUCGUUUUCAUUGAAUAUGCGUAAUAAAUUUAUGGGUGAAACCAUCAGGGAUGAUGUGAUUAAUAACAUAGCGUCAAUAAAAAGUGAGAAACGCAAGGAUACUAUACAGGAGCAAAUAAAAAAAGAAAUAAAAGAACCCGAUAUAGGUAAGAAAGAAGAGAAGCAAGCGCCCGAGGUGAAAGAAACGGUCACGCCAGUAAUACCAUCAGACGAUUUGGACUUCUUUGCUACGCUACGUGCAACAAAACUGCAAGCGCAGAAAAUGAUGGAGCAAUCGGCGAACUAUUGGGGCAAGUUGAAGGAAAAGGAGGCGGAGCCCAAAGAUGAAAAAGUCAAAGAGGAAGUUGUCGUUACUACUCCAGCAGAGACAGAACCUGAGGUGGAUGAUAUUUGGGCUGAUAGAGAUGAUGAUUUACCGAAACCGGUGCCGAAGCUGAAACUACCAGCCGCAUUAUCUGAUGCUAAAGACAAUUUCUGGUCCACAUUUGCGGCGGCAACAAGAAAAACACACGAAGAAACGGAAACAGACGAUAUAAUUGUGGAUAAAUUUUCAGAAAACACGGACAGAAAAACAGAUGAAAUUACCGCUCGAGCCGAAGAUGAAAAUAAAGUUGAAGUAGAAGUAGAAGAUAAGAUCGAAGUUGAAGUUAGGGACAAAAUUAUUGGCACUGUCGAGAUUAAGAACAAGGUCGAAACUGUAGUCGAAUCUGAAGAGAUCGAUUUUUGGGCAGAAAUUGAAAAAUCGAAAGAAACUAACACAACAGAAAAGAAAUCUAAACUCAAUAUCACUACUGAAUACGAGCGUAAAGAAAUCAGUGAGGUUAUGUUUAGGCCAACGACAAUGAAAUCAUAUACAAAGAUUCUUCCAACUGUGCGACAAGCCGAACUGUAUACACCUCCUCCAUCAGAACAGGUUGAAGAAACGUCUAGCGAGAGUGAGGAAGAUGAUUCUGAUGAAGAUAAAAACGAGGUCAAGUAUGAAGAAGCGAACGUAAACAGAAAGCUUUCCAUACAAGCGGCAGUGGAAGAGGAAGACGAAGAAGACUUCUGGGCUUCCGUUGAAAAAGCUAAAGCUACAAUUGCUACAACAAAAGAGUCUCCUCUACUUUCUCUCAACAAGAUAGAGCCUUCAGCUAAUGCCAUUGUUGAGGAGGUCGACUUCUGGGCCGACAUUGAAAAGAAUAAAGAUGUUGCAAUUACAACAAAACAACUAUCAACAACUAACAAUGUAGAAGCUCCAGCAGCACAAGUGGUUGUUGAGGAAAUCGACUUCUGGGCUGAUAUUGAAAAUAAUAAGAAUAGUGCACACACAGCAAAGCCAUUAUCAACAUCUUACAAUGUAGAAGCACCAUCAGCACCUGCGGUUGUUGAGGAAGUGGACUUUUGGUCUAACAUAGAAAAUGAAAAAGAAACAGUAGGUCCAACUGAACUAAAUUCAACAAACAACAAUAUAAUGGCUCCCCCAAUGCAUGCCGUUGUAGAGGAAAGCGAUUUCUGGGCCAAUACUGAUAAUGAUCCGGAGGCAACGCAGCCCACUCAACAUAUAUACGAUCCCACACUUUACCCCGAAGAGCCACGUGAAGUUGAUACCGAUGAAGAGAUCGAUUUCUGGGCAGAAAUUGAAGCUAAGAAUCAAGACAUGGAUGAUGUUAAUUUCUAUAAAUCUGCAUCUUUCUGGGCCAAUCGUGAACGCCACAAUUCUAUCGAUGAAACGCCGUAUUCUAAAGUAUUACCAAAACCCUUCCCCGCCAACCUGCCUGACGAACCAACUGUAAAUGUGGAUUUAUGGGCAGCCUUAGAGGCCGCAAAGGGUGAAGAACCCGAAUACGUUGAUCCAGUUGUUGAGGAAGAAAAGGCUCUAGCGGCCCAAUUCAAUGAGAUCCCAAUUGAAGAAGAAAAAGAGGAAGUAACAGUAGAAAAUGUUGAAGAUGUUAACAAAAGCACAAGUGACAUUUGGGAAGUGGCCUCUCUACACGAACCUGUUGUGGCAAAUGUUUGGGAGCCACCGGUAGAGACUAAUGAGUUCACAAAGCCAUACCAAGAGCUCGAACAAUGGAUACACAACAACGACGACAAUGAAAAUACUGACGCUGUGGUGGAGGAGAUUCCUAAAAUCGAACACGCUGAAGAGGUAGAUGAGGCGAACGUCAAACGUAAUAAUUACCGUAAAGCAAUGGCCUUCUUCACUACCUCGAUUGACGAACAGAAGGAGGCGAGCACUGAGAAACCACCACGAAGAGGUCGUUCUUCAAAUAGAAACUCGCUUAUUGAAACAGAAAACGCGAAUACAAAUGAUCAAGGAAACCUUGAAAAUGCCGUUAACAACUUCUACAAAGCAACGGUGCCGCAGUGCACAGCAAGAGGCAAGAGUGUUGGGCUCGACAGCGUCUCUAAUGAAAAGGGUCUACAAAUGUUGUCAAAUCAGGCAAGAGGUAAAAGUGUUGGUGCGGAAAUCAUAUGUGAGACACAUAGUGAACCGAAUUCCACUGAAGUGUGCGUAGAGCGCAAUAAAACGCCAACUAAUUUCGAGCAGACAUUACCCGAAGUUUAUGUUGAGCCGAUUGUGGAAAGGAAACGUUUACCCAAUGGUUUACCCGAUUUGGGACUUAAGAAGGAAGAGGUUAAGAUUUCAGUACGCGAUAGAAUAUCUGCUUUCGAAACUGGUGCAGUGGAAUCGCCAACCGCAGGAAAGAAAACUGAGGACAUCAAAACACACUCGCUCUCGGUAGAGAGCUGCACGCCCAGAGGCACGCUUUCACGUAACAGUUCACAACGCUCCGAGUCGGAAAUUGAGGAAGAUGACUCCGGCGUUACGGAUAUGAAUAAACCACUCUCCGAAACCGAUACGGAAUCUGAAAGCUUCCCCGAGCUGCGUAAAAUGAGCAGCUAUCAACGCGCCGCCACACAUUCCAGACUCUUUAAGCUGUUGCAAGAUGACAACGAUCCACUCGAAGACGAGAAGUUGAGCAAAGAGCUCGCCGACGAAUAUCACUUCAAGCCCAGUCGUCGUAAGAUCGUACACAAUGUAUCCAUCACACGCCGGCAGAAUCCAAAAGCUUUGGCCGAUGCCGAAACCAUGACACAACGACGCGAACGACUCUCCUUGCCGCUACGUAAAAACACAAGCAUCGACGCGGAUAAUCCCUCGACACCCAACAGUCCAGCCUCACCCAUUAUGGGACAACCGUCCAGCAAUAGUAGUGUCAGCGAUAAACUAGUCAACGAAUUGGUACAGAGUCUGCUAUUGAAACGUGAUAGCAGUCAUUUGCGUCAAAUGCCCAUGGAAAAGCUGCAGGCAGCUGCCAAACGUGUGCUCGAAGAAGAGCUAGACUCAUUGGAGAAUACAUCGGUGGAGACCACACCGGCGCCCACACCAAACGACAUCAAGAACGACAAAAGCUACGCAGACUACUAUGAUACAUGGUCGCGUGCCAACGGCGCCGUGGACGGUAUGCCACCGAAAGCCUAUCGUGCGCUGCAAGAUGUGCCGCGACGCAGUCCUUGGUCCGUACGUUGUCCACGUGUGCUCAGCUCGAAAACGAUAAAUCGCGACUUGGCGCGUGUAACCGAAUCACCGGAAAUUUUCACACGAAAUAGCAAAAGUCCCGACUGUCUCUCGCAAUCGCGCGAGGGUUCAGUGAGUCGUUGGCGCAAAGUUUAGCGCGCGCGCACACGAGCGGCAUAUUGGUGGGUGGCGGCACAUACAAAGCGGGAACGGUGUCGUCAAAACUGGGGGAAAUCGUAAAUGCUUAAGUAAAAUAGGUGUUCAAAGUGUUAGUCGUAAGGAAAUACAAAUAACGGUGAUGCAAAUUAAAAAUUUGAAAUGAAAUCGGAAAUCUCAUGUGAAAGUAGGAAAGCGCUUGUGGUGCUUGGCAUCAAAAAAAAACUUGAAAAGUUGAAAAUUUUAUUAAAAAAGUGUCUCAUUGCGACAGCUGAGCUGUAAGCAACGAGCAUACAAAUGCAAAGCUACAAUUUGUAAGCGUUAAUCGUUUUUUUUUAUUAGCUGGGUGUUAGCACCAACUCGCACAGGUCAACAAACCCAAACACUGCCUUUUUGUACUCAGUUAAUAGAAGAAGAUUAAACAUAGAAAAGUCGGUGCGGCCAACUUUGAAUUUUUUGUAAAUAAAAGUAAUUUUAAAUAUUUUAUAUAAUCAUAGAGUGAAAGCAGCGUUUAAAUAUAUAUAUUUUUUUUAUUAAAAACAAAAAUAACUUUUGUAAGAAGAAUUGUACAUUUAGCCAACCAGAUUUUGCAUUUUGCCGAAUCAUUCAUGCUCCCACAAAAUAACCCAACAUAAAGCACAGUCACAUAAAUCAUAAACACAGUCAUAAAGCACUCAUUUCUGCUAAAAACAAAAACAAAAC